AUUUACCUUUUUAGACCGGAACGGAAUUUCAGAAUUCUAUUCAAAGAUGUUUCAGUAACACCCUGUUCCCGUCACAUAAUCUGUCAGUGUCAAACGGCCUGAAACGGUCUAUUGACAAAAACGGGCUUUCAUUUAGGUCAUUAACAGUGUUUUGAUAGCAGUGAUAAUGAAAUAAUAAACUCGUCUCUAUUAUAGAUUUAUUAUCACUAGAACAAAGUUAUUCCAGGAAUUAGCAUCAGAACCCAGAAAGUGUUUACAGCACCCGAAUUACGGUCUGCAUUUUAUUCCCGGUGUUUGAGUGUCGACUUUUGACCGGUUAAGUGAUCCAAAAGGUUGAUACUGCCAUGAAGUUGCCUAGCAAUGCAGUUCAGUCACUUUCUUGGUACUUUAAGUACGUUGGUAUACCGUUGGCGACUUGGGUAGCGAUGUGUAAAUUAUUUGAUUGCGUUUCAAAAAGGCGGCGAAGGGCUCUGCAGGGCAAGGUGGUUGUUAUAACUGGUGCUAGUUCUGGAAUAGGAGAAGCCCUAGCCCAUGCAUUUUAUGAACAAGGAAGCAAAGUUGUUUUGGCUGCGCGUAGGAAGCCAGAGUUAGAAAGAGUAAAGCAAGAACUUAUGUCAAAAAAUGUGUCUAUUCCUACUUUGGAACCUCUAGUAUUGGAACUGGACCUAGCAAACUAUGAACAUUUGGAUUCUUUUGUAAACAAUGUUUAUAAAGCAUGUGGCCAUAUUGACAUCCUAAUCAACAAUGGUGGUGUCUCACACCGUGGCUCUAUAUUGGAUACUAAAGUUGAAGUUGAUAAGAAAAUUAUGGCAAUUAACUACUUUGGAUCUGUAUCAUUGACAAAAGAAUGUUUACCUAAAAUGGUAGAGCGCAAGACUGGACAUAUUGUGUUUGUUAGUUCAGUUCAGGGUCUGAUAGCUAUACCGGGGCGAUCUGCAUAUGCUGCCUCAAAGCAUGCCAUGCAAGCAUUUGGUGAUUCCCUACGAGCUGAAAUGCACCAACAUAAUAUCAAUGUGACAGUUGUGAGUCCUGGGUAUAUAAAGACAGCUAUAUCUUUGAAUGCUUACACAGGAUCAGGUGAUGCUCACGGAGUUAUGGAUACCAGUACUGCUGCUGGCUUCACACCUGAGUAUGCUGCUGACAAGAUUCUUGAUGGAAUUGUUACAAAAAAGAAAGAUUUCAUUAUUAGUCAGAUUGUACCUAGUCUGGCUAUAACUUUGAGGCAUUCCAUACCAUCCCUAUAUCAUUGGGUGAUGGCAAGAAGGGCAACUAAAACUAAUUAAAAAAAUGCUUGAGGUAAAAAUUCAUGUAAAAGAACAAAUACAUACGAACAAUUUGAACCUAAGAUGUAUAUUUUCUUUAGUUCUACCUGUAGUAAUAUUUGACAAAGGCUUACUGAAUAAAUGAUACUCAUUUUCUUUAUUGGCAUGCACAGUUAGUUUUUUUUAUAUAUAUCAUACAGAACUUAUUUAGUUGCCACCUUUGUUUAAUUUUAGAAAACAUUGCAUAUGUUAUUGUUUUAAAGUUUUAACUGCAUUUUAUCACUAAGGUGUUGUAGUGAUUUUAAUUUGUAAAUGGUUGUUGUUUAAAGUAGGCUUCCAGGCUGAAAAAAGGAUAAGGAUAUUAUUGUGGAUUACUUGAUAUAAGUUUAAAUUGUUACACAAAUAAAAAUCGAUUUCAAACUGCA